GUUUAAUUCAGAGCUCUAAGGCUGCGAAGCUUCUUCGAUUAUUUUCUCAGCUUCUUAUCCUAAUUUACUCUCGGCGUCAAUUCAACAACUUCCGUCAUCCCGAAGACACUUUAUUAACGGUAGUUCGUCCGGAUUAGACGCUCAUUACAAUGGCGUCCGCAGAGCAAGAUCCUCUUCUUCUGCUUCGUCAGUCCAUCGCGUCUGGCGGCGCAAUCUCGCCCACCGCGUCCAGCGACAGUUCAGCUGGAACCGUUCCUCUAUCGCAAGCGACACAUCUUACCUUCUCGACACCCUCUCAUUUCGCCCUCCCGAUUGACACACAGACCCGGUUCACAUCCAAUGACACACCCGUCGACUUGCGAAGUAUUUACUUCGCCUGGUUGAAACGCGAGGUCGCGAUUCCCGAGUACAAUACCUCGGUAUCGCAGCUCAACGAGGAACUCGGAGACAAGGGCCAGGUUAGGAUGCUUGCCUUUGUCGAGCGACUUGAUUUGAUUACUUGGUUGGAAGGUGCUAGUGAAGAAUGCGAGUACAUAAAACCUCUCGCCGGCGACAAAGAUGGCUCGACGUCUACUGCGGCCGCUGCGUUGGCGUCGAAAGGUGCAGCUGCUCCCGCCAUCGGCGCGAAGUUAGGAAGAUCUGGGAAGGGUACGCUAGACCCUAGAUUGGCGGUUAUCUACAAUAGCGAGCGCAAGAUGGGCGACCGAAACAGCGUGCUCCGAGGAAUUAAACCUACGGACUUUUCCCACGUCCGUAAAUUCGCAGCACCAUUUAUGUCUAAAAAGUCAUCUCAGGCGCCAGCUUCGACUGCACCCACUAAUACCACAUUACCGUCACACAAGAAACCGCGACGACCCGACCCGAUUAUCCUACUCUCGCCCUCCGCUUCUUCCCUCCUUCGCAUGACGAACAUCAAGUCCUUCCUCGAGGGCGGUCAAUUUGUACCUUCCAACUCGUUAUCUGCUAGUUCCAGCACGGGUGCAAGUAUGUUACACAUCAACCGCCUAAUGAAGGACAUCGACCCGAACCGACCUAUGAGGUUUGUCCUCGUCGAAGGUCCCGAGCAAUUCAAGCCGGAGUAUUGGAGUCGUGUAGUUGCCGUUUUCACGACGGGUCAGAGCUGGCAAUUCAAGAACUACAAGUGGAGUAACCCCGGCGAGCUCUUCAAGCACAUUCCUGGUAUCUACGUUGGUUGGCGAAACGAUCAGCCACCCGAAGCUGUACGCAACUGGGGACACAGGGUUCUAAGUGUCGGAAUUGAUCCCUGGAAGGAAUCGACUCAUAACCCGAUAGAUUCGAGCCGAUGGAGAGACCGUGAGAUUGUCGAGCAAAUAUGGAAGACCAUUGAGAGCAACAUGAGAAGCAAGGGCUGGAGACGAGACCAGGCUCCCUCGUCGAUAUGAAGCAUGAUUCCAUAUGCCUACCUGGGUGUCGAUGUUGUAAUUCCUAUACAUGUAUCACUAGAGGCCAAAAGGUCCGCAUUACUUAGUCUGCUCGUCUAGCACAUUUAGCUGGCUCAGGAAAGGUUCACCGAACGGCGUUUACGUUUAUUGGAAGGGCGCGAAAAAGGCUUGUCUCCCUGGAUAGAACAGGGUCUUAAUAGCCUAGGGCUCAUGGAGCCUCCGAAAAUGAUACCAUGAACAUACUAAUAAAGUGUGCUGUUAAAAAUGGGCGUGCUAAUUAUGAGCAAAUACAUCGAAUGAGAGGCAGAUGUAUACUAUUAGGGUAGAGCAUCUGAACCAGGGCCUGAGCGAGUUCGUCAGGGAGCAAAAACCCCUAGCAAGCGAGGCAAUGGCAUUCUACGGU